UUCACAGUUCUAAGGAUCCUGCAGCCUUUUCUUUCUCUCUUUCUUCUUUUUUUUUUUUUUGUGUAACUCGUUGAAUAAUCCUUUUAGGUUCCCCAUAAAGCAGGUGAAAUGCUUCUGCUGCAGUCCUAAGGCAGAACACAGGCUGCAUAAAUAGCAUCUAAAUUGCCAGGAAUACAAAAUACACAGAGUAAUACAUACCUACAAAGGCAAAUUCAUCCUGACAGGACUGCAGUACACGCUUAUCAGCAGCACAACAUCUCGGGGAGGAAAAAAAAAAAGUGGCUUUGUAUUAAAACUGCACAUGCAUUUCUCUCUAUAUUGAAACACUUAAACGGGCAUUUUUGUGCAUGUGCUUAAAAACAGACGCAGGCACCCUUUUAAUGAGGCUGCCCGCUCCAACAUUGAUUAGCUCCGAGAUGUACAGUAGCCAUGAAGCUGGAUGAUGAUUUUUCUUGUUUUUUUUUUCUUUAUUCUUUUCUUUUGCAGAGUAUCUUUGCAAAAAAAAAGGGGAAAAAAAGCUUUUUUUGUGCGUGUGUGUGUGUGUGUGUGUGUGUGUGUACAUGGCCUCAGUCCUUGCAGCCUCCCAGAGAGUCUGUCAAGGCGCAACUUAAAAGCUCGUUCAGGCGACCAUGACCCCCCGCCAGCAGAUUGUCUGCCUAAAAGGUCAGUCAGCAAUGGCUGCAGCAGAAAUUCCCAGUUACAUUGUCUCUUCUCAGACUGAGAAACACAGGAGGGCCAGAAACUGGACUGAUGCAGAAAUGAGAGGUUUAAUGCUGGUCUGGGAAGAAUUUUUUGAUGAACUGAAACAAACUAAAAGGAAUGCCAAAGUUUAUGAGAAAAUGGCUAACAAACUCUUUGAAAUGACGGGAGAGAUUCGCCACGGAGAGGAAAUAAAGAUAAAAAUUACAAAUAUGACAUUCCAGUACAGGAAAUUAAAAUGCAUGACUGACAGUGAAACUGUUGCGCCUGACUGGCCUUACUACAAAACCAUUGAUAGGAUCUUAUCCAAAGUGACAGACCACAGUGAUGUGAAAAUGCAUGAAAAUCAGCAACCAGGUCCUUCUACAUCACAGACAGAGGCCUCGCAGUCACCAUCAGCUAAGUCUACGCCUCUGUAUUUGCCAUAUAAUCAGUUUACGUACGAAGGAAGGGAAGAGUGCUUCGAAGAUGAACAUUCAGAGAGCUCAUCAAGCUUACUUUCUUACAAGCUGAGAACUGAAGAGAGACCAGUUAAGAAAAGGAAAAUGCAAAGCUGCAGCUUUCAAAAGAAGAAGCUAAAGUUAAUGGAAGCGAUGUUGGAAGAACAAAAGAAGUUGAGCAGAGCUAUGGAAGAAACCUGUAGAGAAGUACGCAGGAUUCUGGAUCAGCAAAACAUCAUCCAGGUUCAAAGCUUACAGCUACAGGAGAGAAUGAUGAAUCUACUGGAGAAAAUGAUUUCCAAAUCCAAUGUGUAGUUUCCUCUGUGUUCCUCCUCUGAAGUUAUCAUUGAUAUUAUAGACAUCCCCUUACUGCACACCUUAUGUGUGUUUGUUGCCCUGUUCCCAGGUUUUCCAUGGAAAUUAAAAUCUUAGUGUAUUCUUAGAUAAGCAAAGAGAACAGAUAAUGCAGGGUGAGAGCUAUCUGGCAUGAGAAAAAUAGUGCAAUAUAUGCCUAAACUGAAUUAUUUUUAUACAGAAAGAUUAAGGGAUGAAUAGCUCUGGGAAUUUCAGUACUAUUCUGCCUAGAUCAGAUAUUGUUUUACAAAGAUGUUAUGUAUUUCUUCACAUCAAGGACCAUACCCUGACCUGUUGUUGAAGAACAAAGUAAUGUGUUCUUAAUCAUGCUAAUUGCAUCUUGACUUUGAUUGACUGAUGAUUAGACCCUGGUUUGAAACAUACACAGUGAUUGUACAAGUGACCUAUGCAUGGUUCUUGUGAAGAGCUACUUGGGACCACAAGAUGUCAUUUUAAACUCCAUGCCUCAUAUGAAUAGUACUCUAAUGUAUGAGAGUAAAAAUAGUCUAUUCAAAUACACUUUUCAUAAAAUACAAACAAAUCCUUACUAUAUACUGAAUACUAAAAUGUAUAGAUGAUACUUGAAGUUGCUUUUGAUAUUAAAUGUUUAAUUUUUUUCAUUAUUAACUGGAAUCUGUUGACUUAAUGAGCGACCAGCAGUGGAAAGUAUCAUUUCUUCUCUAUCACAAAAGAAAAUUAUUGUACUGUGUGUAUAUACAAAUAUAUAUCUAUCAAAUGAAAUAAAGGAAAAGAAGAAACGUA